AUGGACGAAUUAGAACAACACAAUGAAGAGUUGAGAAACGAAGUCAACCAACUGAAAGAGCAAAUGGCCAGAAUUCUGGAAAUACUGCAAUCUUUGGAAAGGAGAAACACUGAGGAGAUCACGCCAGUUAAUGAAGGACCGCCUGCUACUUCCACAUGUCCACCCGGCUUCAUCUCCCAAGGGACAAUGGCACCACUAACAUUGCAUCCCACUAAGCCUGUCCAACAGACUAAUUUUCAAGAGGCUCAAUUCCCACCUUAUGGCAUCCCAGCUGGCUAUGCACCACCUAUGGCACAAGAGGCACAAUUUUCAUCAUACAAUAAUGUACCUCCAGCUGUAAGUGAUUCAUUAAUCACUCAACAACAAUCUACCCAACCCCCAAGCAUGCCCUCAAACAUCAUCGAAAGCCCUCAAACCUUUCCAAUAUUGCCAAAAGAUACUAUUCCUAACCUACAGGUUAUCCUCCAACCGCAAACUAUCAACCUGAGCACCCAAGGGAAUCCACCUACCCCCAUUGGUAUUGCAAACAUAUCUUUUCAUCCCACUAUUGAAGAGUUUCAGCCAGAUGAGGAUGAUCAUUCUAAAGGGAAGUUGCAACUCCUGGAAGACAGGUUGCGAGCUGUUGAGGGUAAUAGUUACGGUAUUGGAGACGCAGUUGACCUUUGCUUGGUGCCAGACCUAGUAAUUCCUCCAAAAUUUAAAGCACCGGAAUUUGAUAAAUACAGAGGCAUUACAUGUCCAAAGAGUCACCUAACAAUGUACUACAGGAAAAUGGCGUCGCAUGCCCGUGAUGACAAGUUGUUAAUCCAUGUCUUCCAAGAUAGUUUAAUUGGGGCAGCUUUAAAUUGGUACAUGCAUCUGGAACGUACUCGUAUUCAUUGUUGGAAGAAUUUGGCUGAUGCUUUCCUGAAGCAAUACAAGUACAACAUUGACAUGGCUCCUGAUAGAUUAGAGCUUCAAACCAUGAUGAAGAAAGACCAUGAAACUUUUAAAGAAUAUGCUCAAAGAUGGAGAGAGACGGCAGCACAGGUUGAGCCACCCCUUUCAAAAAAGGAAAUGGUCUCUUUAUUCAUUGAUACUCUUAAAUCUCCUUAUUAUGACAAGAUGAUUGGAAGCAUCUCCGCAAACUUCUCUGACAUUGUCAUUAUAGGAGAAAGAGUAGAAAGUGGCAUGAGAAGUGGAAAAAUUGCAUAUGCUACGGGGGCAACUAACAUCAAGAGGCCAUUGAGCGGACCUGGGAAAAAGAAAGAAGGGAAAGCCAAUGCAGUAACGUUUCACCCCUCUGGAAAAGUCGACCCUAGACCAGCCCAUACCCCCUAUAAAUCUUACCAUCCCAACACACAAAAUCCAUCCUCCACAUUCCCCGUACAACCACCCCAAACCAACCAAGCCCAUCACACUUAUCCUAACCAAGCUAGACCCCAAAACUAUCAAGACCGAAAAUCAGUUCACUUCGACCCCAUCCCUAUCACCUAUACCGAACUGUGCGAAUACCAUGCAGGUGUUGUUGGCCAUUCCAUAGAAAAUUGUAAGGCACUAAAGUUUAAAGUGCAAGAUUUGAUUCAUGCAGGGUGGAUAAGUUUUGAGGAGAAGAAUCCCAAUAUUGGAAGCAAUCCUUUGCCAGGUCAUCAAGGACCGUCUAUCAACCUCAUUAAUGAAGGCAGGGAACAAUUCUUGAGGAGAAAAGUUGAAGAAGUGAAGACCCCAUUGAAGUCCAUUUUUAGAGAAAUGUGCAAAUUUGGACUACUUGAGCGAAGUUCGGAAAGAGGAAAUGGUUGUGAGUUUCACCCUAAUGCAGCCCACACAUUGGAGGAAUGUAUUGACUUUACCCACACUUUGCAAGACCUUAUGGAUAAGCAAUUAAUUCAAAUUGGUUGCUCCAAGAUUGAUCAAGAGGUGUUAGCAGUUGACGAGUUGACCUCAAACAGCCCAAAACCUUUGGUGAUCCAUUACACCAAGAAAGGAAUCGCAUUGGUAUCUACUCUACCAAAGCCCAUCACUUUACGAGUCCCUAUGCCUUUCCCAUAUAAGGACAAUAAAAUGGUACCUUGGAAAUAUGAUGUGAAAACUUACACUAAUAAUCAUGAAGAGAGUCAAUAUUCCCAUGCUGUUGAUGUUACAAAUAUCGCUGGUGUCGGAGGUAUGACUCGGAGUGGUCAAAUCUAUACUCCUGAGGAAUUGAGGAAUGAACAGUUGAUAGAAAAGGGGAAUAAUUGUGAAAAGGAGAGCACCAAGGCAACUGACUCAAAGGGGGAACAAAAGAAAAUGGUCUCUCAUGAAGAGGCCUGUGAGUUUUUGAAGCUCAUAAAACAGAGCGAGUAUAUGGUGGUGGACCAACUAAACCGAAUUCCUGGUAGAAUAUCAUUGUUGUCAUUGAUGAUGAACUUAGAACCCCAUAGAAAAGCAUUGUUGAAAGUCUUAAAUGAGGCUCACGUUGUCCAUAAUAUCUCAGUUGACAAGCUAGAAGGUAUUGUUGGCAACAUCACUGCCAAUAAUUAUCUUACCUUCAAUGAUGACGAAAUUCCCGUGGGAGGAGCGGGACAUAACAAAGCUUUGCACAUUUUUGUGAGGUGUAUGGAUCAUAUCUUGGCAAGAGUCUUAAUUGAUAACGGCUCUUCACUAAACGUAAUGCCUAAAAUGACCCUAGCAAAGUUACCAUCAGAUGGAUCAUACAUGAAGCCAAGUACCAUGGUGGUUAAAGCAUUCGAUGGCUCUCGAAGAGAAGUGAUUGGAGAAAUUACUUUACUGGUGAUGAUUGGACCUAUUAUCUUUGAGAAACUGAAGUUUAUUAUAGAUGACAAGUUAGUCAUUGUCUCAGCUGAAGAGGACCUGUUAGUAACUAAGCCUUCAUCCACCCCUUACAUUGAUGUCACUGAAGAGGCUCUGGAAACCUCAUUCCAAGCACUCGAGAUUACUAAUACGACGUAUGUAGGGGAGGGAACAUCUGUCAUGAAGCCACAACCAUCAAAUACAGCUAUGAUGAUAGCGAGAGUUAUGCUUGAGGAAGGUUACUGGCCUGGAUGCGGGUUAGGCAAGAAUGAGCAAGGAUUGAUUGAGUUGCCUAAACCAAUUGACAAUAAAGAUCGAUUUGGACUUGGUUAUAGGCCAACAAGGGCAGAUAAAAGAAGGAUAAUAGCUGAGAGAAGAGAAAAGAGGAUGGCCAAAUUAGAAAAUAGAGAGCCUGAAACUGGAAGGAUCCCUUUUUGUGAUCUCCUACAAAGCUUUCAAAGUGCAGGAUUUGAAUUUGCAGAUCCAGUGGCUGCUGCUGAGGAAGAUACCCACGGAGAUGAACAUGUCAAUUUAGUUCGCGCGUGCUCACCGAAUACAAAGAUCCAUAAUUGGGAGAUCAUUGAGUUUCCUGUGAUUUUAGAUUCAAAAGUCAAGUAA